AUGCACUGCUACCAGGAGGAGGGUAGCUGGAACCUGUCCUUCGCGGGCGCAGGCUUUCUGGGGCUCUACCACGUGGGUGUGACCUGCUGCCUCAGGGAGCGCGCCCCGCACCUCCUCCAGGGCGCUCGCCGCAUCUAUGGCUCCUCGUCUGGGGCUCUUAACGCCAUGAGCAUCAUCACCGGCAAGACCGUCGAUUUCUGCUGCUCCCACCUCCUGGGCAUGGUCAGGCACGUGGAGAACCUGAGCCUGGGCAUCUUCCACCCUGCCUUCGCGCCCAUCGAGCACAUCAGGCAGCAGCUGCAGGACAAACUGCCCACUGACGUUCAUAUCCUGGCCUCCCAGCGGCUGGGCAUCUCGCUGACCCGCUGGCCCGAUGGCCACAACAUCAUAGUCACCGACUUCGCAACCCGCAGUGAAGUCAUCCAGGCUCUGGUCUGUACCUUAUACUUUCCUUUCUACUGUGGGACGAUUCCUCCCGAAUUCAGAGGGGAGCGCUACAUUGACGGGGCUCUGAGCAACAACCUGCCCUUCGCGGACUGUCCCUCCACCAUCACCGUGUCCCCUUUCCACGGGACAGUGGACAUCUGCCCCCAGAGCACCUCGGCCAGCAUCCACGAGUUGAACGCCUUCAAUGCCAAUUUCCAGAUAUCCACCCAGAACUUCUUCCUGGGGUUUGCCUCCCUCAUACCCCCCAGCCCGGAGAUGGUCGCUGACAGUUGCAGACAAGGCUACCUGGACGCCCUCCGGUUCCUGGAGAGACGCGGACUUACCAAGGAACCAGUGCUUUGCCUGCUGGCGUCUAAGGAGCCCCCAGCCCCCGUGGAUGGGACCCAGGACACUGACCAUGACGGUGGCCAGAAGGGGGGCCUGUCUUUAAACUGGGCAGUGCCCAACAUGCUGGUCAAGGACGUGCCCAACUUCGAGCGGCUCUCACCAGAGCUGGAGGCUGCGCUGAAGAAAGCAUGUAUGAGAGACACCAGCCCCUGGGCCCGCUUCCGCCGCUCGGUGCCCGGGCGGGCCCUGACCUACUUGCUGCUGCCCUGGACACUCCCCUUCGAGUAUGUUUACUUCCGGAGCAGAAGGCUGGUGGAAUGGCUGCCCGAUGCGCCGGCCGACCUGUGGUGGAUGCAGAGUGUGCUGCAGAGCCUGGGCCUCGAGAUCUGCUCCAGGUCGAAGGACCAGCUCCUCAGGCUGGUCAGGCACGAGCUUGCUGCAGGAGGUGGUGUACCUGGUGAGCCAGGGGGCCGACCCGGAUGAGAUCGGCUUGAUGAACAUCGACGAGCAGCUCCCGGUCCUGGAGUACCCGCAGCCGGGCCUGGACAUCAUCAAGGAGCUGACGUCUCCCCGCCUCAUCAAAAGUCACCUCCCGUACCGCUUCCUGCCCUCUGAUCUCCACAACGGCGACUCGAAG